AGGCACAUAAAGUGAUCAUUACUGAUCUACCCACCUUAAAACCCUCUUUCAACAUAAGCAAACUCUCCAUUAUUUUCUUACAUAUUUUAUCCAGCACUCGUCCAAAACAAUUCCACCAAAGGCUAGCACAAUGGCACUACCGAAUGACUCGCCAGGCCUCGCCUCCCUGCCUUGCAUUGAUGACACCUGGGACGAUCCUGUACAGGUCGUCCCAGGUGCUAAGUUACGUGUAAUGUGCAGUUACGGGGGACACAUUAUCCCCCGUCCACACGACAAAUCUCUUUGUUACGUGGGCGGAGAAACACGAAUGGUAGUCAUGGACCGCCUCUCGUCGCUCUCUGAUCUCUCCUCAAGGCUCUCUAGCACACUCCUCCACGGCCGACAUUUCAACCUCAAGUACCAACUUCCAAAUGAGGAACUUGACUCUCUUGUGUCAAUUUCUAACGACGAGGAUUUGGAGAACAUGAUCGACGAGUAUGACAGGAUAGCUUCGGUUUCUUCACUCAAAUCCUCUCGAAUUCGUUUGUUUUUGUUUCUUGCAAAGCCUGAGACCGCAGCUUCUAUGGGGUGCUUACUUAAUGAUGCGAAAUCCGAGACUUGGUUUGUAGAUGCGCUUAAUGGAGCUGGAUUGAUCCCUAGAGUGCUAUCGGAUUCAGCUGCCAACAUGGAGAACUUAUUAGGAUUCCAUGAUCAAGUUGUCAAUAACAAUCAUUUUCCCGAAAACAUAUCAUCCUCAGAAUAUAUUGUACGCGAUGGCAAAGAGAGCGAAAACGAGAGGAUUCUUGAGUCUCCCACAGUGCUGGAAACGUAUUCGUCAUUCGGAUCAAGUACUUCUUCUCCUUCCAUGUCUAACAUGCCACACAUUCGGGUUCGUGCAGAUAACGAGGGUGCUACAUUUCAAGAUCAAAUGGCAGGAUUGGAUGAACAAUUCUCACACAUGAACACUAAUGUUGCUCUACCUCCUAUUCCUGUUGUAAUUUCUACAACCAUUUCUAGUGAGAAUGAGAAUCGGUUUGUCUCCGAUGAUGAGAAAUCAGAUAAGGGAGGUCCAACAAGGUUUCGGAAACCUCCUCUGCCUCUGCAGCCUGUGCAGCGAAAACUCGGGCAUGAUGCUUAUAGUUUGCCUUCACCUGAUUCCGUAGCAAGUGAAAAUAGCAUUACAUCAGCGAAUUCUUUUUCAAGAAAACAUCAAGAUCCAACUCAGGUUGCUACGAGGGAAAACACGAGGCCUGCUGCAAAUGAAGUAACUUCAGAUCCAACUCCUCAAAUCCAAGUGCAGCAAGUUCCAGCUCAAGUCUUUAUACAACCUCAGCAGCAACAACAAUAUCUUCAUCCGGGCACGCAAUAUCUCCAACAAACUGUGACAGGUCAAGUACAAGUCCCCUCAUACUACCCUGUUUAUCCUCCCCCUGCACAGCCUCAAUAUCAUCAACAAGUCGAUCAGCACUACUCGAUGUACAUGAUGCCUGUCCCGCAAGUUCAGCCAUACAACAUGGCAGUUCAACCGAAUGUGACAGAUUCAAACAUGACAACAGACUCAAAUUAUCCACAAAAUCCUUCCAUUGUGACCCCCUCUGUUACCAAACCAACUCUCGUGCAAGUGCAGCCUAAUCAAUAUCAGCAACAGUACAUCAAUGUUUCUCAAAUGCCUUAUUCCUCACAGACUCCUGCUCCGGGAAUUAAUUAUGGUUACGAAUAUGCACAACCAACACAAGUGUUCUAUAAGCAGAAUACGGCUUCUCAACUGCCUCCGCCUCCUCAGUAUCAAACAAUGACAUCUGCUACCACGAUGUUUUUGUCACAAGCUCCGGUUCAGGAGUCUGCAGACAACGCGAAAUAAUAAAUCAGAUCAAUAUAAUAUAUUUAUAAUUUAUUAAUGGGUCAGAAAUUAAUUUAUAUAUGAACGUCCAAGUUUCAAUUAUAAUUUAUAUUAUCUGUUUAUGUAAUAAUGGGUAUUGUUGCCUUCUUAAGGCAUUUACUGAAGAAUUCUUUGUAUUGUGGUCAUUUCAUGUUACAGAUGCAUCAUCAUCAUAGCUUUAUUUCAAAAUUACUCAUUAAUUAGUGAAUCUCAAGACUUA